AUGAUGCACAGAGAAUCUUGCGCUUGUGGCACCAGUAGUUUAGAACUGUUUAAAGUGCCCCCGACCAACGUCACUUUAGAAGAUUCGAAAUGGAUGGAAUAUUACCCCAUUUCCAGUACCCUCAACUCGGAUACGGCUCCGAUUGAAUUUGAAAUCAAAGGACAAGGAGAUGAAUAUCUGAAUUUAUCCCAAACUUAUCUCCAGAUGGUAUGUAAAUUCACGAAAGCCAAUGGAACGAAUCUCACAGGAGGCCAUUCGACCUCCACCCCCGUGAAUAACAUUCUCCAUUCCUUGUUCAGUGAAAUCGAUGUCAGUCUCAAUGGAAAAGUCAUUACCCCGGGGACGGAUACUUAUCCCUACAAAGCGUAUCUGGAGAAAUUGUUGUCUUAUGCACCCAAGACUCUGGAAACCCAGAUGAGAGCCUGUAGCUUGUGA